CUGAAGAACCAGAUCAAGCAGUGGGAGGAGCGGUCCACGGAGCUGGGGGAGGAGGUGGCAGAGCUCAGGAAGGAAGUCAAGAGAAAGGAUCACGAGAUACUGCGACUGCAGAGGGAAGUCCACAAGUUAAAGAGUGUUCUGCAGCAGGCAUCAAACUUCUCUGGAGACAUUGAUCUGCUCUCCUCUCUUCAUGGCCAGUCUUCAGGAGCGGCUCACAAGAAGCAAGGAGUUUCAGCUGAGAGUUCUCAGUCUGGCCAGACGGCAACAGACAUCCAGAUACAAAGAUUCGACAAGGACUUCAGGUCCAAACAGAUAAUCAAAGAGGCAAUAAUGGACAAUGACUUCUUGAAAAACCUGGACCUGAGUCAAGUACGGGAGCUGGUGGAGUCUAUGUAUCCCCGAGAGUGUCCCAAGGGAAGUUAUCUCAUCCGAGAGGGAGAAGUUGGGGCACAUCUGUAUGUGUCGGCUGAAGGGGAGUUUGAGGUAGUGAAGGAAGGGAAGGUGUUGGGCCGCAUGGGCCCUGGCAAAGCAUUUGGAGAACUGGCUAUCCUGUACAACUGUACCAGAACUGCUUCCAUCAGAGUGGUGAGAGACUCCAAGGUGUGGGUGUUGGACAGAAGAGUGUUUCAGAGAAUCAUGAUGAGGACUGGGCUGCAAAGACUGGAAGAUAACGUCAACUUUCUACGAAGUGUACCUCUCCUCCACAACCUACCUACUGACGUGUUGGGGAAAAUAUCAGAUGUUCUUGAAGUGGAGUUCUAUCCCACUGGACAUCACAUAGUGAGGCAAGGAGCCAGUGGAGAUACAUUCUUCAUCAUCAGCCAAGGCAGUGUCAAGGUUACUCAGAGAGUUGUUGGGACUUCUGAAGAACAAGACCUCCGCAUUCUACACCGAGGUGACUACUUUGGGGAGCAAGCUCUGUUGAAGGAGGACUGUAGAACUGCUACAGUGAUUGCCUUGGCUCCUGGAGUGGAGUGUUUGACCCUGGACAGAGAGUUAUGUCCUUUUGGGUUUAGAUCGUUCAUCCAACUGAUUGGAGAUCUAAGUGAGCUACAUGAGAAGGAAUAUAGUGAUCUCUGCAGAACUGAACGGCCUCCUAGCAGCAACAGUCUUCCCUCUGAGAUAGAUCAAGAGUUAGAAAAUAUUCAAUUAGAAGACCUAGACAUAGUAGCAACACUGGGGGUCGGAGGGUUUGGUAGAGUGGAGCUUGUACAGUGUAUUCAAAACAAGAACAAAACAUAUGCCUUAAAGUGUCUGAAAAAACAGCACAUAGUCGAAACACACCAGCAAGAACAUGUGUACAGUGAAAAAGAAAUAAUGAUGGCCUGUAGACACCCCCUGAUUUGCAGGUUAUACAAGACAUUCAAAGACAACAAGUACGUGUACAUGCUACUGGAGGCGUGUCUAGGAGGAGAGGUGUGGACUAUUCUACGAGACAGAGGAUGUUUUGACGACUCAUCCGCAUGCUUCAUCGUGGCCUGUGUCAUCGAAGCGCUUGACUAUCUCCACUCCAGAGGCAUCGUCUACCGGGAUCUCAAACCAGAAAAUCUUCUGCUAGACUCCAGAGGAUAUGUUAAACUUGUAGACUUUGGGUUUGCCAAGAGACUUGGUCUUAACAGUGGAAAGACUUGGACAUUCUGUGGCACGCCAGAGUAUGUAGCGCCAGAGAUCAUCCUCAACAAGGGACACGACCGGGCUGUUGACUGCUGGGCUCUGGGUAUACUGAUGCAUGAGCUACUCACUGGCGCACCACCAUUCAGUGGGUCGGACCCAAUGAAGAUCUACAACAUGAUCUUGAAGGGGAUUGACCUGGUGGACUUUCCUCGUCAUGUGACCCGAGCUGCUCAGAUGCUCAUCAAGAAGCUGUGCCGAGACAUGCCAGCAGAGAGACUGGGCUGCCAGAAGGGGGGCCUUGCUGACAUCAAGAAGAACAAAUGGUUCCAAGGUUUUGAUUGGGACGGUCUAAGACACCAAACAUUGUUGCCGCCAAUUGUGCCUCAGGUGAGAAGUCCAGUAGAUACGUCAAAUUUCGACCACUACACCAAAGACACACAAGUUCCUUUCGAUGAAGACUCCAACUGGGAUGCUGACUUCUAAUUUUGUAAAAAAGAUUUUAAUAGUACUCGUACCUUUUACCAUCAAAGAAUUCUACCGAUACGCAUAAUUUAUAAUAUUAUGGAAAGUGUUACCAAUUUAAUUGCUGUCAUUGUUACCACAAUACUUGUUAAAAAUGAUGAACAUACUAAUUAUUUUAUAACAUAGAGACCUAUUUAUUAUAAAGUACUUGAUUUACACAGUAUUAUAAAUAUUAAUUUUAUGUUUGAUGUUAAGUAAGUAAUAUUUGAAAAGGUGCAGUAUUUGCAUCAGUCAAUGAACGGUUAGCAAAGUAAAUUUUAACAAUGCUAUUAAGUUUUAAAUUGAGUGUUGAAGCUGAGCAAAGUCAUUAUUCAAGAGUGAUAACUUUUAUUUUAAAAGCGGGUUUUUUUUUGUAAAGAUACAUUUGUAAGACAUUGU